AUGAAAGGAAAGUGAUAUACAUGUAUUCAAUAAAAUAUGGCACGUGAAAAUCAUGCAGUACCAAGACAAUACACAAAGCAGUUAUAUUUGAAUAAAACUAUUUCAAACACGAGAAUUUUCGGGCUUAAAUUUAUAAAAUAUGUAUUUUUCCUUGUUUUAAUAUAUAUACUACAGUUUACAUCUAUUUUUCUUCACACAAAUUAUUUAUUAAAACCUUGUGAAAAUGUUGGUGAUAUUUUGAAGCUGAAACAAAACAUUGCUCAUAUUCAACCACAGAAUCAGGUAUUAUUUCACGAUACAUCUAAUUUAUCAAAUGUGAUGUUAAAUAAUAAAAUACAAUUGAUUAAACGGGCAUCAGACCUUAAAACUGAUAUGACGUCAUCAGGUCGUGCUCAUCGAGAUCACAUUUACAAGAAAUUCUUCAAAGUUCCCAAAAAUAUGAAGAAUGUAAAUUGCAAGAGGAUAUUUAACGGAAAUGAUACUGGUAAAUAUAAGCGCGCUUUCAAAAACAACGUCACUAACAACGUCAAUAAUUCGAAUAUCAAACCGGAAGAAGUUACACCGGAAGACUACAUAACCAUGGCUCGGGAUUGUUCUGCUUUCAUCGGUAAUAGAAGAUAUAUUACGCACCAUUUGACGGAAGAAGAAAGAGAUUUUCCUAUCGCAUACAGUAUUCUUAUGUACACAAACGUCGAGCAAACUGAACGUCUUUUACGCGCGAUUUACAGACCACAAAAUGUAUAUUGUUUACACGUGGAUGCUAAGACAGACGAUAAAAUUUACAAAGCUUUGACAGAUAUAAGUAAAUGCUUUGAAAAUGUGUUUGUAUUAAACGAACGAAUAAAUGUUACUUGGGGGGAAAUAUCAGUUUUAGAACCGGAACUUAUGUGUAUGAAAGCUCUAUGGAAGAGGAACAAACUUUGGAAAUAUUUUAUCAAUUUGACAGGUCAAGAAUUUCCACUUAAAACCAACUCCGAAAUAGUGAAAAUUCUUAAAGCUUAUAACGGUUCCAAUGACGUAGAAGCUACAAUUGCAGACUUUAAAGACAGAUGUAUGACGUCGAAUCCAACUUUACCACCGCCUUAUGGGAUAAAAGUAACGAAGGGGGCAGUUCAUGUUGCAGUGAGUCGGGGAUUCGUUGAUUUCUGUUUACAUGAUAAAAAAGCACAAGAGAUUUUGUCAUGGAUGAGAUUUUCAUGUAAAAUACCCGACGAAGCCUUUUUUACAACAUUGAACCAUAACAGACAACUGGGGGUACCAGGGUCUUAUAAAGGCUAUCCGGAAACUACAAAGAUGUCGGACAGACGAAAGCCUUAUUUAGCCCGUUUCAAAAACAGGAUACAUUCAAAGUUACACCAUUGGGUUUGUAAAGGAAGAUAUGUAAGAGGAAUGUGCGUGUUAAGUAUAGGCGACCUGCCACUGCUGGCAAAACGCCCUGAAUUGUUUGCCAACAAAUUUCAUCUGGAGGACGAACCGGUUACGAUUGGUUGCCUGGAAGAACUGAUGUUUAAUCGCACACGUGAUGAAUAUCUGGGAAAGCGAACUUUUGAUACGAAAUGGCAUUCAAUGCUCGGUUUUGUUCUUGGCAAAUUAUAAUAUACAUGUAUCUAAAUGUUUUAAUUGCUUUUUUAAAUUAAUUUACAUUCAUAAAUGGUAUCAAACGUAAUUAAACUAUAACAAAUUUUAUAGUCAGAUAAAUUAAAGGGAGAGAAAUAAAUGAUUCCACUUCAUAAAAAUGUAUAUCAGUUGGUACAUUGUAAGUCAUUUUAUGAUUUCAUACUUUUCUUUCAAAUAUUUUAAGAUCAGACGCUUUCUCAUAUGAUUGCUAUCCGAACACGCCGGAUUCUACAAACAUGCUAAAUACAGCCCAAAAGAUAAAAUCUCUGCCUUCGUUUUCGUUAAGCAAAACACUCGAACCAAAUACUUAGAUAAACGAAAGCAGUGUACCCUAACUUACAAGUGUAUACAAUUCAAUGUUUACCAUGUCAUGCAUAGGAAGCACAUGCUACUUCCGGUCGUUGUAACUUUCUUGGGCGCCUACAUAAUACAACUUUUGCUUUUCUUUCAAUAACAGUACAAUAGUUUAUUCACUGUCUUUUCAGUACGUCCAGUACUUUGAUUUUGCAAAAUAUAAACAACUUAGUCUAUUAAUUCUCUUUCCAAUUUCAUAGACGGUGUUUUAUAUACAUGUAUUUGCAUUUUAAAAAGUCGUUUCAUUUACGUUGUUUGAAAUAAGAAUAUUUACUUUCUAAAAACAAGAACAAAUAUUGCAAAGUAAAGGGAAAUAAAACGUCAACAUUAUAUUGAAUACCUGACGAUAUUUA